GCUCUCACAUGAACACGCAAGACCUCCUCGCCCGAUCGAUCGGCUUCAAUACCCCCAACGAUGUCAAACGCGCAACCACCUCGCGGCUUGUCUACGCAAUCCAGCCGACCUCCGUGACAUUCAGUCACAAAUCGCCUUCAAAGGAAAACCCCAACGAAUGCCCUCCUGCCCAUGCAUCUGGCGUGAAUGCGAUCGCUAUCGAUCGUUUCGAAGGCCGCUAUCUACUUUCCGGAGGCGCUGAUUCCUCGAUCGCCGUAUGGGAUCUCGAAGAGCCUUCCGUCGCAGACGACGGGAACCUGUCAUAUCGCCCGCUCUCCAGCGUGAAGAAAUCGUCGGAUCAACAUAAGCUCGGGAUAACCCAAGUCGCAUAUUACCCAUUUGACUCACUCGCAUUUCUCACUUCGUCAUACGAUCACACCGUAAAGAUAUACUCCAGCGAGACCCUACACGUUUCGGCGUCAUUCGACCUGGACUCUGUCGUUUACAACAUCGCGCUGUCCCCGAUCGCGGACCAUCUUCUAGUUGCAUGCGCGACCCAAUAUCCCGCCGUGCGCCUCGUAGAUCUGCGCUCUGGCGCCAGUACACAUUCACUCGCAGGGCAUUCCGGCGCCGUCCUGUCCACAGCAUGGAGCCCUGUCCAAGAACAUCUUCUCGCAAGUGGUGCCACGGACGGCAGCGUGCGGUUUUGGGAUAUCCGUCGCAGCGUUGGCGAACUGGGACUACUCGACCUGGAAGACUCCAUAGGAAUCAACCAGUCGGCCUCGUCGUCGUUCACCCGGAACUCUGUACACGGAAAGGCCCACCGAGGACCGGUCAACGGUAUCGUCUGGACCGAAGAUGGCAGACAUCUCGUCACAUGUGGGCAUGAUGAGCGCAUCCGAGUCUGGGACACGAACAGCUACGCCAACACCCUUGCCAACUUCGGGCCCAUGGUAAGGAAUUCCGGACUAGCACCUUGCAUACCCGUCCUUCCGCCCACUCAAUUCCUGCCGCUCGAACAAGACUUCCUGUUCUAUCCUAACGGGCACGAGAUCUUGGGUUACGAACUGUUCGAAGGCGAGCUGGUGCGGCGACUCAAGCGGCCCGAGCGACAGCAUCACGCGCCUGCCGCAUCGUCCGGGAAAGCACCCGCAAUCACCAAAGACAGAAUCACUUCGCUCUCAUGGCGCGCACACGACGUGGAGAUGUACUCCGCGCACCAGGACGGCUCGAUCGCAGCCUGGAAACCGCGCACGCAGGAGGACGCCGACCUGGACGAGGAAGAGGAGCAGGAGCGGGAAGAAAGGGACGUGAGCAAGAAGAGGAAACGUAAUGCCUUGGAGGAGAUAUACCAGGAUCUCACAAAGCGGAAGAUCACUUUUGGAGGAAUCUGAGGGGAUUUAGUCGAACUUUGAUGCUUUAAUUCUCUAUCUAUCUAACCAUCUAUCUACUCACUUUCGAGCUUGUGAAGAAAAUACCAGCUGGGAAGGAGCACAUAAAAUGCUUCAAUUCAUAUGCAAGACAUUAAACGUACAUGCAGUUCAUGAUCCGUAAUACAACUGCUCUCAAGUCA